GAAAGAUGAUGGAGCAUUAAUUUUAUGCUGCCGGUUGUAUCCACUAAGCCCGGUUGUAGCUAGACACCGAUUAUUAAAAUUCACUGCGACCGCAAUAACGAGUCACGUUUCUUCAUACUUUAAGUUGUCGUUAAACUUGGCGUUACGUACAGCCGGGCAUCAAUAAUAUUUUGUUGCAUCGAGUGUUGUUGUUGCGCCGCUGGCAGCGAGUGUGGCAAGGUAAUCAUCCAUCGGCGCUGUGAUUUCUCCGCGUCUCAAAACAAGUACAGAUACAUCCGACUGGCAUACGGAUUACGUCGAACUCUGGCAGUGACUGCAGCGGACUGUUGUCAAUUCCUGGCAUUGUUGGAUUGACCGUCGUUCGUAUUAUACUGCUGAUUUCAUAAAGCUGCUAUAAUUAGUUAUCUGGACGCCAGUAUUACUGGUAUUAUUCCAUUAGUAUCUGCAUAACGUUAUAGUACGUGCAUGAGUGCACGUUUUGUUUCGGAUCCAUUUUUUAUAAUGCCGCGCCAAGGACUAAUCAAAUUAUCCGGAGUUUUUAUGUUGGUCCUAUAUACCGCACUAGUGGAUGCCAAUUUCUAUCCUGUUGAUCUGGACAAUUUUACCCAGAACGGCCACCCGGAUGCGUCCAAGCUGGACAGUGCGCAAUACUUCCGCCAGUGGCUCAAAGAAUGGUACAAUCCGGUGGCCACGGAGAUUACACGCUUCGGCGCGCUAUCCUCCUGGGACUUUGAAACCAACAUUACCAAGGAGACCGAAGCCGACACGGUUAAGCAAGCGCAGCAAAGCGCCACCUUCUCCAAAACCCUGGCAAAGAUGAUCGUUCGCUUCAACGUCAGCGGCAUGCCGGCAUCGGAGGAGCAGUUGCGCCGGCUGCGCAAGGAUCUGAGUGAGUUGGGCGACAGUGCGCUGGAUCCGGUGGAAUUGUCCGAGCUGACCUCAACCGUCAAUCACAUGAGCAGCGUCUACUCCACCGCCAAGAUCUGUUUUGAUGCCGGCAGCAGGACUUCCGUAGCUCAGCUGCGCAACCUCACCGGCACCGGCCAGUGUCCUGAGGAAAUGCGGGUCGCCUACGAUCCCGUGGUGCUCAAGUACAUGCAAAACUCUUGGAACGAUACGGAACGUCGCAAAUACGCCUGGACGGCGUGGCGCGAUGCCAGCGGAAAGACAAUCCGCGCCAACUACACGCGCUACGUCGAGCUCAAGAACAAAGGAGCCCGCCUUUCAGGUUACGCGGACUGUGGCGCCCUUUGGCGUUCCAAUUACGUGGUAGAGGGUCUGAACUACACCGACGCCAAAUUCUUGGAGGAUCUGGAACGGCUCUGGCAACAGAUCCGGCCACUGUAUUUGGAGCUGCACGCUUUUGUCCGUCGCAAGCUCAUUAACAAAUUCCCCACGGAUAACCUUUCCCCCACUGGACCGGUGCCGGCUCACAUGAUGGGCGACAUGUUCUCGCAGGCGUGGCAGGGUAUGCUCAACUUCACGCAGCUCUUCCCCUCCAAGCCACUGCUGGACGUCACCGAGGAGAUGAAGCGGCAGAACUACACCGUGGAGAAGAUGUUCCGUCUGUCAGACCAGUUUCAAACCGAGCUGGGUUUGAUCCCCAUGCCACCGGGAUUCUGGAACCAGACAGUGUAUACCAAGCCCAAGGAUCGCGACAUCGUCUGUCACGCGUCCGCCUGGGACUUUUACACCGUCAACCCCGACGAUGUCCGUAUCAAGAUGUGCACGGAAAUCGAGAUGGAUGACCUCAUCACAAUUCACCAUGAGAUGGGCCACAUUCAGUACUUCCUACAGUAUUCCACCCAGUCGCUGGUGGCCUUCCGGGAAGGCGCAAACAGUGGAUUUCAUGAAGCUGUGGGCGAUACGCUGGCGCUGAGUGUCAAAACACCCAAACAUUUGUCCUGGCUGGGACUGCUCAAGAACAACACGGAAGACGAAGACAGUGAUCUUAACUUCAUGUUCGUAACGGCUUUGGAGAAGAUCGCCUUCCUGCCCUUCGCGUACGCCAUGGACCGGUACCGUUACGACGUCUUCUCCGGCAAUAUAUCUACGGAACAACUCAAUUCCGGCUGGUGGAAUUACGUGACGAAAUACCAAGGUCUUGUGGCGGGAGUAAACCGCUCGGAAGCCGAUUUUGACGCCGGUUCCAAGUUCCACAUUGCCGCCGACGUGGAGUACAUGCGAUAUUUCAUCAGCUUCGUCAUCCAGUUCCAGUUUCACAAGGCCCUGUGCCAUGCCGCUGGCCACACCGGCCUCCUUUACCAGUGUGAUAUCAACCAGUCCAAAGCUGCCGGCAAACUACUCAGUGAGAUGUUGUCGCUGGGCUCGUCGGAACCGUGGCCGGUGGCCAUGCAGCGCAUCACCGGCUCACCACAGAUGGAUGCUGGCGCCCUGCUAGAGUUUUUCUCGCCCCUCCUCAAGUUCCUUCAAGAGGCCAACGCCAAGAACAAGGAAAAGAUCGGCUGGGAUUAGUCCGGCUAUUCAUUCUCUUUUUCCUCUCACAAUGUCACAAACCAAAUCAUUUUUUGUUCACGUACUUAAUCGCGAUCACAAACCGAAUAUUUAUCUAAUCAAACAAUGAAUGUUAAGGCUGCUUUGUGACGAGCAGCGCUGGGCAAGAUGCGCAAAUCAAAGAUUAAAUUACAAAUAAAAGAAA